UCUGAACACUGCUUCGGCCCGUCGCGGAGGCCUAAUCGCUACAAUCUGACGGACCGUCCCAUCGUUCACGCCUCAUGCCGCAUCUCUUGCGAACACAGUGCCGUAGCCACUCACACAGCGGCUAGAACGCCACGGCGCUUGUCAGACACGGGCACAGCUCAUCCGUAAAGGAUGCGUAUGGCUUACUCGGCAGAUCCUGCAGUUGUAUUCCAUCCCUAGCAGCAGUUUCGGCGCUAUUUAGCGGUAUGCAGUAUCUUGUCUAGGCCUUCUUGAACUCUUGGUCCUUCAAGUCACUUCGUAUCACAGCAAACCUUGUAGGUCCUCCGAGCAGGCAGUGUCGCGUCCCUCCUGGUGGCUUGCUCUCGGUCGGUAGUGUCAUCCCCAACUGCAGGUACUGUGUUCCUUCGUCGUUCGUGUCAUCAUUAUAUGUGUGUAUGGGUGGGUGCUCUGUCAGAAUGCAGGAACGAUGAACACUCAAAAGCACAGGCGCACAGGAUUCGUGUUGCUCAUGCUACCCACACAAUCAAUGCGACAACUACCGUAUGGGAAAUGUUACCAGCUCACUGGAUUCCGCAACCACCAACCCGGUAGCAGUUGGUCGUAUCUGGGGCCAUUCGGGUCAUAUAACCGUUCCUCCGGCCGCUGGAAGCACUACCUGAACGCAUGGAGGCAAGACUAUAGUCUCGCUACCGCUGGCCCUUGUCAACUUACGAGGUUUGGGUGACUGAUACAACCCGGGUCGAACAGGUGACAUGCUCUCAAGCCAUGAUCACCGCCAUCAUGUGUGCUGUAUCUUACUGUUUCGAUAAAUAUUUGGCUUUCUUAUUGGCUGUCUCCGUGCUCACUCCCGCCUCCUCCGCUUCGUAGACAUGCUCGCUUACGGCACGGACAAUGGGUUCAUAGCUAAAUACGCCUCCACUGGCAACGCAU